GCUUUAAAGCUAGGGUUUUGGAGCGUUGCAUCUUUUUUUCCGGCGGCUCCGGAGAUAACAAAGGGGAAAACCCCGGAGACGACCCGGCCGACCGCGGCGGAGCUAGCAAGCGAGAGGGCGUCGAUUUCCGGUGAAGAGUCAUGGUUAAACACAACAAUGUUGUGCCAAAUGGGCACUUCAAGAAGCACUGGCAGAAUUAUGUGAGGACUUGGUUCAACCAACCAGCUCGCAAAACCAGAAGACGCAUUGCUAGACAGAAAAAGGCUGUGAAGAUUUUCCCACGUCCUACUGCUGGACCCCUCCGCCCCAUUGUUCAAUGUCAGACCCUCAAGUACAACAUGAAAUCUAGAGCAGGCAGGGGUUUUACCCUAGAGGAGCUUAAGGCAGCAGGGAUUCCAAAAAAGCUUGCUCCUACCAUUGGAAUUGCAGUUGAUCACCGCCGAAAGAACCGUUCCCUGGAGGGUCUCCAAGCAAAUGUCCAAAGACUUAAAACAUACAAGGCCAAAUUAGUUAUCUUCCCAAGACAUGCACGCAAGUUUAAGGCUGGUGAUUCUGCACCAGAGGAGCUUGCAACUGCAAGCCAGGUCCAGGGACCAUACAUGCCCAUUGUUCAUGAGAAGCCUUCUGUUGAGCUUGUAAAGGUCACCGAUGAGAUGAAAUCAUUCAGGGCCUAUGCCAAGCUUCGUGUUGAGCGGAUGAACCAACGCCAAGUGGGUGCCAGGAUGAAGAAGGCUGCGGAGGCAGAGAAGGAAGAAAAGAAGUAACUUAUACUUCAGUUUAAGGUUAUUGAACUUCUUUUUCCCCAAUCUCAAUGUCGUUAGGUCUGACUUUGAGUGCUUGCUUUUCCUAUGGUCUUUACCAAAGAACUUGAAGAGAGCGUUAGAUGUACUUGAUUUGGAGCACUUCUGCUUUAAUGUUGUUUUGAACUUGACUGUUUGAGUGGUUUGUUAUCAUUGCUGACGUUCCAGUCUGCAUUCCAAGAACCUCUAAUAUAUCCAUUGUGAAGUCACAAUGAAAAUAUUUCAAUCA